AUGGCGUCACAGGGAACACCCCUUACUCCAAGGAAUGAAAUCCGGGUAGAUGGUCAGGCGAUGAAAAAGACACAAGGAGCUGGCGGUAGUGGUGCAGUUACGUCGAGGUCAGACAGAUUGCCAGAAGGUGAUAAGACUACUGCUGCAUGUGAAGAAGAGUCUGAGAUUAACUUGGAAGAACCCGUACCCGUUAUAACCCAGCUGCUCGGCUUCAAUAAAUCCCUUCAGCUGCAGAUUGAGACACUCAGAAUGCGUCUUGAUUUAGACAAUAAGAGUCACGAGAGAGAAAAAUGGUCCACAGUGGAACAGACAGAGAUGAAAAUGAAAGAAAAGGAAACAGAAAUUGACGAUUUAAAGUUGGAUUUAGCUACAAAGGAAGAUAAAAUAGGAAAUCUUGAAAGUGAAAACAGACACAAAAUUUCAGAGAUUGAGAGAUUACAGCAAUACAUAACGGAAAUUAAGAAGGAUAUCAGCUUGACCAGAUCAUACGCCAACGACCUUCAAAGGGAACUGAAAAGACUUCAGUCAGAAAACAAACGUUUGGAAAAAGGCACGGCAUAUGAGGAUAAAGAAGGACACAUUGCUGAUUUGAAGAAGGAGAUAGAUACACUGAAGUCAAAUUUGGAGACAAUGGAAAAGGAACUGGAGAAGGCGCGGAUGAUAAUCACAUCACAGGGAAGUAAGAUCCGAUUGAUUGAAAAUGAUAAGAGUAACAUGCAUGUGAAAUUCAAGGAGGAGUUAUCCCGCAUGUCGCAUAUGAUGAGGCACGAGGUGGAGAAGAUGAGGGAGGUGAUGAGAAAUCAAUGGGAGGAGAUGAAGAUUAUGAGGGAGCAGAACGAGGAGAUGGGUCGCGACAUCAAGGAAAUCAAGAAUAUGUUGGUGAUGAGACAUCAGGAUUCUAAUAUGUCGAGGAGUCCUCCUGGGUACGGACAGAUGUUCAAACCCACGCUCCCGGCCCUCACAAGGGACACAAAGAGGAUUGUCACGGGCAAGAAGAAGUGA